AUGAAGCUAAUCUUAGGCGUUGAUGUAUUCGAACAGUUAGGAAUAAAAAUUUUAGUGGAGUCAGAAAACCUUUGUGAGAAGGCGAAAAGAUUAGAACCCAUUGUCGUGUGCUCUAUUGGAAGCGAGAUCGUAGAUGAAUACAAGGAAGGAUCUCUUGUAGUAGAAUACUUCACACUCACCGAAUUCUUCCCACCAUCCAAGAAAGCCGAAAAAAACUAG